UCUCAGGCAGACAUGGACCCCCUUUCCUUCUUGUUGCAGCCGCCUGUCUUCUAUCCGAUUAUCCCCUACGCAUGUACGAUAUUUGGGGGUCUUUUUCCUGGGCGUAUGAUCCUCAUACAAGGAGUCGUUGACAGCAGUGCAACAAGAUUUCAGAUUGAUUUCCAGUGUGGUUGCAGCACACGUCCACGGUCUGAUAUAGCUUUUCAUUUCAACCCCCGCUUUUCUUCUUCAGAUGCACACAUAAUAUGCAACACUCUGCGCAAAGACCAUUGGUUAGAUGAGUUAAAGUUUUCAGGAGCCCCAUUUAAAAAAGGAAAUUCAUUUGUGCUCCUCUUUCUCUUCCUUACAAAUAAGGUCAAGGUGAGCAUUGGUGGGCAGCAUUUUCUGGAUUUCACCUAUCGGCUUCCUCUGACAGAUGUGGAUACUCUAGGAGUUUAUGGAGAUGUCACCGUAAAGGAGAUCUCCUUUCUCAGCAGUAAUCCCUUUCAUGAAGAGAUGACUCCAUAUCCUUUUUGCCCGCCUUUAAAAUCCGGCAGGGCAGAUCUGCAAAAAAACACCGCUGUCAAAGACUUUUCCCAUGGGUCUGUCUGAAUGUCGUGCAAUCACAGUCCACGGUUUAGUGACCGUAAACGCAGAUGAGCUUACUUUUCUAUUGAAAUCCAGUGACUCCAUUCCUUUUAAAUUGACUGCAAAUUUCCAAGAUCAGUCGCUGUGUUAUAAUUAUUUCAUCAGCCAGUCGUGGGGUCAGCCGCAGAAUGUCCAGACUCCUUUCUUUUUGUUUUACCCGGAGAGAUUUUUUCAGAUAUUAAUCCUUCCUGAAGAUGGACUAUUCAGGCUUGCCAUUAAUGGGACCCCUCUCAGUGACUUCUGCCCUCCUGUGUUUGAUCUGAAAUCCAUUCAUGAGCUGCAGAUAACAGGCAGUGCUGAGCUUUUUCUUGUGCAGUGCUGA